AUGGUAAUAGCGUUUCUGAGUUCAAUAUUGACGCUCACUACACUCUAUUCACUCUCGGUACAAGUGGAGCCUUCACUAGCGCUUGAUCAUCAGCAGCUCGGUGGGCUCCAAGCCCAGACAGCUAAUACAGAAUGGCCGUCGCUUCGCUUCUACUUCACGAUCAAGCGCAGCUCCAUGAAACUCCACGGCCAAUCCAGCUUCUCUGUGUUCGCAAGACCCGUUCUCUCCGACAGCAAUGGGACUACCAACGUUCUCUACGAUACAUUUACUUCGUUCGCACAGGGCUCAACGAGUUACAACUACAUCACCAUCGAUGGCGUGGCAUACGUAUCGCGGAGUUCUCCUGAGACUGGCACUCCAUUGGUUCAGUGUGUCAAUUCCGUUGCCGUACCUUCGAUCAACUCGUUUGUUGCGGCGUUGAGUGAAGCUACAUCGGUGUCAAGUAUAUCUGCAAGCAACGGUAGUGCUAUUGAAUGCUCAAGUGGCAGUAACUUCAAGGUCACAGUGAAUGGCGUUGAUUUUGGAGUGUGUGCGUCGGGUUCGUCAGGCUUUACGAUAUAUGGCAGCGAUAUUGACAUUACAGUGGAAUAUUUAUCAAGCCACGUGGAGAUUUUACCACCGAUAGGAAUUGUUGGGACGACAGGCGAUUGUAAAGUGAUGUCAGUACCAACAUCAGUAUCGACAAUUGGGAGGUCUUUGCUCACGGGCGAACCGGUUUCUCUUGAUUCUAAAAGGAUGCUGCAGGCUGCAAUUGACUUUUCGCUGGAUGACGAGAAAUGCUCGUGCAAGUCAAAGCCACGACCAUGUAUUUUCAUUCAUGGUUUAGGAAUUCGCAAAGAGGAACCGCAAAACGCCGACGAACGACCGAAGUACUGGGGCGAUUUGACAGACCACGCCCCAUGUUGUUCAUCGAUGAAGUACGCAGUCCUCGAUACUAUAAAAUACGCCUGGACCGAUAAAACUCAACAGCAAAAAGUGUGUGAUCGGAUGCUCGCAGUGAGCGAAACUAGUCGUGGAACUACAGUUUCUGACACGAUUAUCAUCUCGCACUCCAUGGGUGGACUCAUGGUGGCUGGUGCUAUUGCGACGGGAGCAUGCAGUCUCGCGUCUAGCUCUACGUGGAUCAGCACAGCGUCUCCCAUGACUGGGAGUAUGUCGUCCGAUUACUUCCAGGAUUCCUGUAAGGAUGACACAAUUCUUUUCAUGGAAAUCUUCGUGGACCUCACUGGCCUUUGUCCUGCCGGUGACGGGAUUCAAUCGUUAGCCUACCAGAACGAAACUUACAGCUCGAAGAAGCUGGACGCGGCGUAUGUGGCUGCUCAAACGGCGUACCGCCGCAAUGUGUAUGCUCUCAUGUGCAGCAACCAAUACGCCGGGAUUUAUUCCAUUGAGCAUUUGCAGUAUCGGACGCUGGGCAAUGUCGUUCCGCACAAAUCCGACAAGAACGAUGGAAUGGUGGAGUUCCAGAGUUGCGCGGCAGGGAUUCCUGAGUCCAAAUUUGGCAAUUCCUAUCGUGACAGAUUCUACGCGACGAACCUCAAUCAUGCCGAUGCAGCGUUCCGACAUGGCGACUCGCUCUUAGAUACGACAAAGAUGCCUGUAAAAUGGUUCGAGUGUCUACUGUAG